UUUCUCUCGCGCAUGCGCAACUCAUGGUAUCAAACUUUCGAGACAUUACGGAAUUCGGAUGUUUAUAAGACAAUUCCAGUGUUUAUCCGUCGCUAAUACGCAUUUUGUUCAGGAUUAAAUGUUUUUGGUGCUUGGAUUUUGGCUACGGAUUACAACUUUUUAGUCACACAUUUUUUUCGUUCCGGAAAAACCAGUACCGGACAGAGAAAAAAUUUGCAUUCACCGAAUACAACAAACAUGGCUCUCGGUUCGAUUUGUGGAUUGCAGAACAUGACUAAGCUGAAUUCAUCUCUUCGAGAAAACUGUAAUCUAUUAAAUAGCCAGGAUUCGGCUUUCUUCAAUGAAGCAAUACAUGGCAGCGAAAAUUUUGUCACCCCCAGGGACAUUGAUAUUUUAUCGAACCAGAAAAACUUGACCGAUAAAGAUUCCAAUGUAAAGAUCCAUUUUGAUCAUGGUACUACUACUUUAGCCUUCAAAUUCGACCAUGGAGUGAUUGUGGCUGUUGACUCAAGAGCAACAGCAGGACCUUACAUAGCUUCUCAGACAGUGAAAAAAGUCAUCGAGAUCAACCCAUACCUGUUAGGAACCAUGGCCGGCGGUGCAGCGGAUUGCUCAUUCUGGGAAAGACAUCUUGCUAAAGAAUGCAGAUUGCAUGAAUUAAGAAAUAAAGAGAGAAUUUCAGUGGCGGCUGCUUCAAAGUUAUUAGCGAAUACCGUGUACAAUUAUAAAGGAAUGGGUCUAUCAAUGGGCACAAUGAUAGUUGGAUGGGAUAAAAAAGGUCCAGGGUUAUACUACGUCGACAGUGAUGGCGAAAGACUGACUAAUAACAUUUUUUCUGUUGGUUCAGGAUCGACAUAUGCAUAUGGUGUUUUGGAUAGUGGCUAUGCUUGGGACCUGUCAGUUGAAGAAGCCUAUGACCUAGGAAAAAGAGCUAUUUACCAUGCUACUCAUCGAGAUGCUUACAGUGGUGGCGUUGUUAACCUGUACCAUAUGAAAGAAUCUGGUUGGAUCAAAGUUUCACAAACUGAUGUUAAAGAACUCCAUUACCAAUUUCAAGAAGAAAAAUCUAGAGAAAAAUAAGCCUGUCUUGUAAAUUCAUAAUCAUACUGUCAUAUUCUGGCAUUCAUUGAAUAAUUCACUUAAACUUGUAUCUUGUCUACUCAAGAAUAAAAUAUGAUGUGGUGUAUAUCAUAAUGAAGUAAA